UUUUUAUCGUUCCUCUUAUUUUAGCCAAGACCAUUUCGGUCGCGAUUAGGUAUAUCGUAACUCGCCAGUGUCGUAUCCGAACUGCAACAUGCUGGAACGGAAGUUGUUCGUUGGAGGUCUCAAUCCUGUUACCGACGACUACAGGUUGCGUGAAUUUUAUUCGAAGUUUGGCGUGGUGACUGAUGCUGUUGUGAUGAAAGAUAUUGCGGGGAGAUCCAGAGGUUUUGGAUUUGUAACUUAUGAGGACCCACAGAUGGCUGAGGUCGCAUGCAACGCCAGACCUCAUGAGAUCGAUGGAAAAAUAGUCGAUGCAAAAAAGGCUGUUCCUAAGGGAGACGCUCAUCCUAUACCGGAUGUACCUGUUCGGAAAAUUUUCAUUGGUGGUCUUCGUCGGAGUGUGAAGGAUAGCGAUCUCUUCAGUUAUUUCUCCGAAUUCGGCCAAAUAGUUGAGGCUGUGGUGAUGGUGGACAAAGAAACGAACCAGUCAAGAGGCUUCGGAUUUGUGACGUUCGUAGAUACUGACUCAGUUGAUCGGGUGGCAAACGAAACCCUCCAUAGCAUCUGCGGCUUUCCGGUAGACGUGAAGAAGGCGGUGGCGAAGGAUGAUUUAAACGUUCGUAAAAAGCCUUUUGCUGCCCGGUUUGGUUCAGAUGCGGGACCCAGGUCAGCAACAGCAAAUUAUCCACACUGGACAGCAAAUCAAGGGAUGACCUACGGAACCGCUCCACCGUCCUACAUGCCACCACCAGUUGCUGCACCAGUUGGCUCUUAUGCUGCGCCACCAUUCUGGAGCCAACCACCACCUGUAGCCAUGGGUUUUUAUCCAAACCAGAAUUAUACAGGUGGUCCUGUUCGGGAGAACUCUGCCGCUACCGCGGGUGCUCGGGCAGCACCUCAUCCUUAUGGUGAAGUACAUUCAGCCUCAACUAAUCUCUCAUUUCAGGUCGAUAGCCUUCGUUUGAUGAUGAGCAAAGCGAACGUUCUAAUACAUAUGUGCAAUCAAUGUUGA